AUGAUAGCCACACAUGUUUCGGUACCGAGGAGCCGUGCCGAUCAACCGAAGAGGAGAAAAAGAGAGAAGGAAAGAACGGUGAAAUUCAACGUAGUGCCAGUGCUUGCAGGGAAGGUGCUCUCACCACGCUUCUUCUAUCUGAACACAAGAAGAGGGUCCUCACCUCCGUUUAGUUCAACACAGCACUUCUUCAUCGUGGGGUGCGGAUCAGCCUCUGCGUCUCCGAUCCGAAUCGGCAACUCGGUGAGUCACUCUCUCUCGAUCUCGUUUUCAAUUCAACUGCCUCUUCUUCCCUCCUCCCCUCUUUUUCUCGAUCUGUCACAAUCGCGAAAGCUCCUUCACUCAAAUCCACGUCACCGAACUAUUCCUCUCACAACCCUAACACUUAUGUUGACGUAUCCCUCAAUUCUGAGUUAA